AUGAUCUUCCUCACACUCUUCAUCACUACAGGGGGCAUCUUGCUUGGUGGCUUGCUGCACAGCUACACCAUUGACACAGAGAUGGACUAUGAUAGGCGCUAUUGGAUCUGGCGGCACUAUGGCACUGCGAGCAGGGAAUUCGACCUGCUGGACGUGACUGAGGUGGACGCCGACGCGUCCCUGAUGUGGCGUUUGGCGAACUUUCGUGACGAGCAAGCAGCUUGA